CUUGGCUUGAGUUCUAAUUAAAGUCGCGCUGUCUCUGAGCUCCCUCGCCACUAUUUCCUUCCCUAUAUUCAUCAUUAAAUAACAAAAUAAAUAAUAGUUAUUAUUUAAUCUGUAAAAAAAAAAUUUUAACUCAAAACUAAAGUUGUAAAGUAAGACGUGAAGAAUAGUCGUCAUCACUAUCGUCUAGCGUUCACAGUUAAAUUCAAAUAUAAAUUACAUUGUGAAUAUCUACUGAAAAUAAUUGUUUAUUAAAUUAAACGGAGAGAGUAAUUUCGCUGUGAGAUAAAAUCCACAAUCAGAUAUCAGUUGCUCACCAAUGAGUGAGGGGAGUGGUUGGCAAAGACAAAACCGUGGAACACGAUCAAGAAUCAGACAUUGUUUUACAUCAACCAGAAGGAUCAUAUUACUCCCACCUUGCACCCCAAUUUCAAACGCAUUAUUUAUCACGGAGCACUACGGAAUCGCCGGAUAUAGCCAUGGGGCUCGACUUCCUGGCCGACGGAGGUGCCGACUUCGAACAUGCCAUCACCGUCACAGGUUUUGGGAAAUUCCACUACAUGCUGCUGACUAUUUGCGGCCUAAUUUACAUGGAUACAGCGAUAGGAGUAACAAUAAUAUCAUUCGUUCUACCUGCAGCACAAUGCGACCUUCAAAUGGAUUCAACAUCCAAAGGAUGGCUCACGGCAUCACCCAUGUUCGGAAUGGUAAUAGGGUCAUAUUUUUGGGGAUGCCUGGCUGAUACGAAAGGUCGUAAAGUGGUUCUUAUCGCAACUUUAAUGAUGGAUGGAAUAGUAGGAGUUAUGUCUUCUUUUGUUCAACAUUUCUGGGCUUUUUUGAUCUUCAGAUUCUUCAACGGAUUUGCGAUAACUGGAGCAAUGGGAAUAUGCUUCCCAUACUUGGGCGAAUUUCAACCUACGAAAUAUCGUGAGAAAAUACUAUGCUGGAUGGAAAUGUUUUGGACUAUUGGUGUUAUUGCCUUGCCGUUGAUUGCUUGGUUGAUAGUACCGCUAGACUUUACUUAUUCAUCCGAUUCUUUUUAUUUUAAAUCAUGGAAUCUCUUUGUUGCUCUAUGUGCACUUCCUUCACUCACACUAUCGCUCUGGCUGUUUGCCUUUCCCGAGAGCCCGAAAUUUCUUCUCGAGUGCGGCGAAACUGAUAAAGCAUUAGAAGUUUUUAGAUGGAUCUAUUCCCAAAACACUGGACAAGAAAUGGAAUCAUAUCCUGUGAAAUCAUUACAAGAAAAGUCAAAUCCAAAAGAUAUUAGUACAAGGUCUCUGAGGUUACAUAAACAUAAAGAAUUAAAAGUUCUUUGUUCAGAAGUUUGGGAACUCACAAAAGCAUUAUGUAAACCUCCUUAUCUUCGUAAUACUGCUCUUGCUUGCGCAAUACAAUUUGGGCUUACGAGCAGUUACUACACACUUAUGGUGUGGUUUCCUGAGUUAUUUACGAGAUUUGAAGAGUUUGAAUCUGAGCAUCCCGGCGAAACAACUUCAGUAUGCAUAGUUUCAUCUAUUUCACAUAAUGCUACUGAUAAAUUUGAUUCUUAUGGAUGUGGAACAGUGAUUACACCUGAUGUGUAUCUUCAUACUGUUUAUAUCGGUCUUGCUUGUUUGCCAGGCUCUAUAAUACUUCCCAUUUUCAUUCAUAAAGUCGGUGCCAAACUUUUCAUCAUUGUUUCAUUGAUAAUUUCUGGUGCUAUUACCAUUGGAUUUUACUACGUUGUGAAUUCUGAUCAAAAUUUAAUACUGUCGUGUGUAUUUGAAGCACUCACUUCCCUAGGAAUUUCCCUUGUCUACUGUGUUAUAGUAGAUAUGUUUCCAACUAAUUUAAGGGUAAUGGCAGCAGCAUUAUCUCUUACCAUGGGUAGAUUGGGUGCGCUUGUUGGUAAUUUAGUAUUCGGAUACCUCAUUGAUCUGGCUUGUAUAGUACCUGUUGCACUGUUUGCGGCCUUUUUAUUCGUGUGUGGUUUGCUUUCAAUCUUAUUACCGCGAACUGGCAAGGAAACUUUGGAUUGAUCUA